AUGCAGCUUCAACACAUCUCCAAUCAACCCGCUGUUGGGGCCCCAUUCUUCACUCCAGCUCAGAAUCCCGUAGCUGGAACUGCUCUGAAUCCACAACCCGAUGAUAAACCGAUUCCGAAGCUUUUCACUCCCCUCAAAAUUCGUGAUGUCACGUUUCAAAACCGGCUCUUCCUCUCACCACUCUGUCAAUAUUCGGCUGAAGACGGGCACGUUACACCUUGGCAUUUAGCUCAUCUUGGCGGGAUCAUCUCCCGCGGUCCUGGUCUCAGCUUUGUCGAAGCCACUGCCGUCACUUCCAACGGUCGGAUUACACCGGAAGAUGUUGGUAUCUGGGACGAUUCCCACAUUGCAGGACUCAAGGAAAUAGUCGAUUUUGCCCAUUCCCAAGGUCAAAAGAUCGGUAUCCAGCUCGCUCACGCCGGCCGAAAGGCAUCCACAGUUGCGCCUUGGCUUGAAACCAACUAUCCGGCAACCAUAUUAGUUGGUGGACACAAUAACGCUGUCGGGCCAUCUACCAUUCCCUACGACGAAAUCAACCAAUUUCCCAAAGCGCUCUCCAAGUCUGAGAUAACUGAGAUUGUCAUUUCUUGGGCACAAGCUGCUAAACGUGCAGUUCGCGCUGGAUUUGAUGUCAUCGAAAUUCAUGGCGCGCAUGGAUUCCUGCUUCACUCUUUCAACAGUCCGGUAUCCAAUGCACGUACGGAUGAGUACGGAGUGAGCUUUGAAAACCGUACGCGGUUUUUGGUAGAGGUCAUCGAUGCAGUCAGAGCAGUGAUACCUCGAGGAAUGCCCUUGUUCGUGAGGGUCUCUGCCUCAGAUCGUAUGGAAGAGCUUAGAUCUGUGCCCAGUUGGGGGUUGGAAGAUACUAUAAAACUUGCUCCCAUCCUGUCCGCACAUGGUACCGAUCUUCUGGAUGUUUCCUCCGCGGGAUUGUCAAUGAAGCAAAGCCUUGUCGACACUAGCGCCCACCAAAAAUUCUCCAAAGCAAUCAAGCAAGCUCUUGCCGAUUUGGGGGUUCCCAUGCUGGUCGGUACUGUCGGUGGAAUCAAAUCCGGUGUUCAAGCAGAAGGGUAUCUGCAGGAUAGCGUCGCUGAUGUGACGUUUGUCGGGCGGCAAUUCCAAAGAAAUCCUGCUUUGGUAUGGCAUUUUGCUGAUGAACUUGGUAUCAGAAUCCAUCUAGCAGUCCAAAUGUGGUGGCCUUUCUAUGGGAGAGCCCGUGGAUCCAUUCAGAAUUCCAAGAAAUAG